CCAUUUUCAACUUUGCUACUUUUAUUUUGAAAGGCAAACCAUGCUGCUACCAGUUUCCUGUCUAAAACGGAACCUCACUCCAAGGGCAGUUUCAAGUUCUUUUUCCUAACCAUCUUCGCGUUCAUUGCUAUACUUUACCCACAAGGUUUCAAUCAUGCCGAGAACACGUUUUCUACUCAUACCCACGCUGCUGCUGCUACUCCUGGCCUUUCCUGGCUCCAAGGCCCGUUACAAUGACGAUUUCGACGACGGAGAGGACAUCGCCGACUUUGAUGACAACGACUUUGCGGAGUUUGAGGACAUGAACGAGGAUUUAACUGCUGAGACUGAAACUGCCCCGCCUCCGCGAGUCUCCUCUUCCCAGCCCGAUGAAGAUGAAGAUGAAGCCACAGUCGAGCUGGAAGACGGUCAAGACGGUUUUGAGGAUUCAGAUACCCAAGAUCAAGAUGGAAAGUUUGACCAGGAUGAGUUCGAGGGGUUUCCUGACUCUGAUAAACCUGGCCCCUCCAUGAAGGAUCCGUUAAUCAUCCACACGGUUCCUGCUCAUCUUCAGAACAGCUGGGAAAGUUAUUACAUGGAAAUCCUCAUGGUGACCGGCCUGCUGGCGUACAUCAUGAACUACAUCAUCGGCAAGAACAAAAACAGCCGGCUGGCUCAUGCUUGGUUCAAUUCGCACAAAGAGCUUCUGGAGAGCAACUUCGCUUUAGUGGGCGAUGACGGAACUAGUAAAGAAGCGGUGAGCACUGGGAAGCUGAAUCAGGAGAAUGAACACAUCUACAACCUGUGGUGCUCUGGGCGUGUGUGCUGCGAAGGCAUGCUGAUUCAGCUCAAGUUUCUGAAGAGGCAGGAUCUUCUGAAUGUUCUUGCCAGGAUGAUGAGGCCUGCAUGUGACCAAGUGCAAGUCAAAGUGACGCUUAACGAUGAGGACAUGGAUACGUUUGUGUUCGCCGUGGGGACAAAGAAAGCCAUGGCUCGAAUGCAGAAGGAGAUGCAAGACUUGAGCGAAUUCUGUGGUGACAAGCCAAAGUCCGGUGCUAAAUAUGGGCUUCCAGACUCCCUGGCUAUUCUUAGUGAGAUGGGCGAAGUCACAGAUGGUGUGAUGGAUAACAAGAUGGUACACUACAUCACCACCCAUGCUGAAAAGAUUGAGUCCAUCCAUUUUUCAGACCAAUUUUCUGGUCCAAAAGUUAUGCAAGAGGAGGGUCAGCCACUAAAGCUGCCUGAGACUAAGAAGACACUCCUGUUUACAUUUAAUGUGCCUGGAAUGGGCAACACAUUUCCCAAAGAUAUGGACUCACUGCUUCCUCUCAUGAACAUGGUGAUCUACAGCAUCGACAAAGUCAAGAAGCUCCGUCUCAACAGAGAGGGAAAGCAGAAGGCUGACAAGAACAGGGCUCGCGUGGAGGAAAACUUCCUGAAACAAACUCACGCUCAGCGCCAGGAGGCGGCCCAGACCCGCCGUGAGGAGAAGAAGAGAGCCGAGAAGGAGAGAAUCAUGAAUGAAGAGGAUCCUGAACGGCAGCGUCGCCUGGAGGAAGCAGCUCAGCGGCGUGAGCAGAAGAAGAUGGAAAAGAAGCAGAUGAAGAUGAAACAGAUCAAAGUUAAAGCCAUGUGAUCAGACAAACAAGCACAUGUAAAAACUGUGCCGGCUCAGUUUUUCUCUCGCUUCUCUCACCACAAACUUCACAGGUGCCAUGCAGCUUCAGACGGACAUGAGUGGGUGUGUCGGGCUCACCUGUAACACUACCUGUCUUUUUGACGUAGCAGUAACUGAAUAACCAACGUCGGGCCUCUUCACCACCAAAGUCAUCCUCUCUGUCAACAUGACUGAUAUCUAUUUAAGUCUGUAUAGCUUGCUAAGCUUUUUAAAUAUAAUUUGCUGGAAAUGAGAACAUUAUUUGGCAACGUGGUGCCACAUUUUAUGGACAAAGAAACGACAUGAAUUCAAUAGAAAUGUAUUAGCAUUAAUAUCGUCUUUAAAUGAUAAUCUCAAGGAAUUUAAUAUAUAUAUGCGUACCAGAAUUGGUUUCCCUCAGACUGUUUCUAUGGAUUUUCUGAGCAAACAAUAAACUGCACUGGUCUGUUGAAAAA